AAGCGCUUGUCUCCCCUUGUCGUGAAACUCAAUGAUUUCCUCGCGAAACAUAUACUUUUACACAUAUAUUACAUCCGGCAAAUGAAUAAAAUUUGACAGCGUGUGUCUCUUGUCAAGAAAAUAACGAGUUUUCAUGAAAAACAUCAACAUGUGGAGAGUUGUAUCUGUGAUUCUUUGUGCCUUCACUAUUGAAAGCUGUGUAUACAAAAAUUUCGAAUGCGCCCCAUUCACUGUGGUAGAAAAACGUGCGAAUUACAUGAUCCUGUCUUUUCCUGCUCUCACAUGGGCGACUACAACUGGAAUCGACCCUCUUCCUCUGAUUGCGGAAUACAAGGCGUUUCAAAAAUUGCUAAGAUACGUCAGGGGAAAGAACGACAGAAGACAGGAGAUUAACAUGACUCUUCCCUUUCGAAUUAAAACCACUCCUGGAAAGGGAGAAGUAAUCCUCGAGAUGAGCUGGAUGAUCCCAAAAACUUUAGCCGAUAAUCCACCUAUUCCAAGAGAUAAAAAUAUCACUCUCCACAAAGAGGGUCCUCGAAUGUACGCUAUGAAGUACAUUCGUCGUGUUCGGAGGCGCUCUGCAUUGGAUGAAGAGGCAGAAGUAUUAAGAAGCAGUGCGUUAGAUGACGACACAAUAGACAAGACCGAAUUCUACAUAGCUAGCUAUGAUGGUCCGUAUGCAUUAACUGAUAUUGAGAUCUGGAUGAAGAAAACAGCAGCAUAGAAACGAAUACUUUUAGAUUUUUUUGUGUGUAUCCAACGAUAAUUAUGUUGUUUAGAGAUGCAAAUGAUGUCGUAAGUUCAUGGAUUAAAAUAAUUUAAUAUACAAUGAAAUGUCUAACUUUAAACAUGAGAAGUAUGCUUACAUACGGCAAAAUUCAACCGGAACAUGUCAAGAACACACUAUAAGAACAAAUAGCAGAACUCAUUGGGCUUCGCCGCAUUUAAUACUUCGACUCAUUCUGGAAUUGAAACUCGAGCGCAGUUGUUCGCAUUCUAUUGUCUAACAAAACAAGGAACCGAAGUUCUGAAAAUUUCCCCGUAUGUCGAGAAUCGAGCAUUAAGAUGAAAUUUGCUUGCAAAAUCGCUAAAUCUGCACUGUCGCAACACUAUAAGCUGGUGCAAGAAUCGAGGAAAGGCGCAAAUUGAAGAUAAUAUAAAAAUUGCAAAAAAGCUGCAAAAC